AUGCUCAACGUGGACUACAUGGUGGGCCGAGUGGGUGGCAAGGACCGCGUCCACUGCGACUUGGCGUGGCUGGGCCCGAAGCCCCAGGGAGUGCCAUGUCUCAGUGAGGAUGAGUUUAGGCAACAGCUCGGCGGCCGUGGCACAACCAUAGAGCUGAACAACCUCUCCAAGGAUGCUCCGAGGGGUCCGGCUAAGCAGUCGCUUCCACACAUCGACCGCCCACAGGUCUGCCAGCCACCUCCACAGUCGUCGUCACUAGCUGUGGACACUCGCCCACAGACAGAAGUGUACCAGCCUUGCCCACAGUUGUCGUUGCAAGCCGCAAACACCCUCCUACAGACAGAACUACGCCGGCCACUUCCGCAGUCGUCGCAAGCUGCAGACCGCCCGCAUACGGAAAUGUUCCGGCCACUUCCACAGUUGUCGCAAGCUGCAGACAACCGGCCACAUACGGAAGUGCACCGGCCACUUCCACAGUCAUCACAAGCUGCAGACCGCCUGCAUACAGAAGUGUUCCGGCCACUUCCACAGUCGUCGCAACCUGCAGACUUCCGCCCACAGACGGAAGUGCGCCGGCCACUUCCACAGUCGUCGCAACCUGCAGAGUUCCGCCCACAGACGGAAGUGCACCGGCCACUUCCACAGUCGUCACAAGCUGCAGAUCGCCCGCAUACGGAAGUGUUCCGGCCACUUCCACAGUUGUCGCAAGCUGCAGACUUCCGCCCACAGACGGAAGUGCGCCGACCACUUCCACAGUCGUCGCAAGCUGCAGACUUCCGCCCACAGACGGAAGUGCACCGACCACUUCCACAGUCAUCACAAGCUGCAGACCGCCCACAUACGGAAGUGUUCCGGCCACUUCCACAGUUGUCGCAAGCUGCAGACUUCCGCCCACAGACGGAAGUGCGCCGGCCACUUCCACAGACGUCGCAAGCUGCAGACCGCCCGCAUACAGAAGUGUUUCGGCCACUUCCACUGUCAUCGGAAGCUGCAGACACCCGUUCGCAUACAGAAGUGUAUUGGCAACCUCCACAGACUAUGCCACAUACUGUGACCUCUGCACAAGAAGUGCACCAUCUGCCUCCGCAGUCACAAGUUGUGGACACCCACUCACAGAUGGAAGCUUACCAGCCACCUACAAAGUCACUGUCAGAAGUUGUAGAUACCUACCGACAGAUGCAAGUGCACAAGCAACCUCCACAGUCAUUGUCGCAAGCCACCAACGCCCGCUCACAGAUGGACGUGCACCGGCAAGCUCCACUGCCAACGUCUCAGGCAAAGAUCUGCCCACAGAUGGAAACGCACCAGACACCUCCGCAGUCGCUGUCACACAACAACCUGCCCACAGAUGGAAGCCCACUGUCACAAGCAGUGGACAACACUCACCCACCGAUGGAGGCGUACCGGCAAGAACCACAGGUGAACAUAUGCCGACAGGACACGCGCCAGUCACCUACACAGUCGCUUUCACACAUCGGUACCCGCUCACAAAUGGAAGUGUACCAGCAAGCUGCACAGGUGAUGUCACAGGUGAACAUCUGCCCACAGAAGGAAGCGAACCAGGCACCUAUGCAGUCACUUUCACACAUGAACAUCCGCCCACAAACGGAAGGCUGCCGGCCACUCCCGCAGUCGGUGCCACUGGUCAAGACCAACUCUCAUAUGGAAGAAUACCGGCAAGCUCCACAGGCGGGGUCACAGGUGAACAUGUCCACACCAAAGGCAGUGAACCAGUCGGUGUCGCAAGUCGCCAACAUCAACUCUGAGAUGGAAGCAUACCGGCAACCUCCACAGGUGGUGUCGCAAACUGCAGACACUUUCUCGCAGAUGGAAGAUGAAAUGUACAACCGUGUGGUGGAGAUCGUGAGAGAACAGAACGUGGCCCUGAUCCGCGCAGAGAUCAGAGAGGUCCUUCGAGACGUGUUCAACUCGCAAGGACUGAAGGUCCCAAACAACGCCUCAAUGUUGCAAGGCCAGGGUGACGGCGGUCCUGCAGUGGGACCUACCGAGCGGCAACCAACGUCGGUGCCCUGCCCGAACGUGCCGCAGAAGCCGCACGUUGCCGCAGGAUCUUCACGGCCAUCGGACAUCUGGGACGCGGCUGCAGGGAAACGAGAAGUUCAGCCGCCACCUGGUUUCAACAUACCUCCGCAUCCCGUUCCACCAAGGCACCACCAGUGA